AUGGAAAAGGAAGCGGAGUCAAAGAGAUCCUCUGGAGCAGUGGGCGACGAUGCCGUGGCUGGCAUUCCAUACAAGGAGGAUGCAUUUGACGAUGAUAGCAAAGUGCCAUACUUUACAUUGAGACUGUUUAUGAUGACCAUCUUGGUCUCUAUGGGAGGAUURUGUUUCGGAUACGAUACCGGUCAGAUCUCUGGAUUCCUUGAAAUGGAUGACUUUCGAUUCCAAUUCGGCGACAUUCGAGACCAAACACCGCCUGGUCUCAGCACAUUACGCACGUCUCUCCUGGUCGCCAUGCUUUCCAUCGGAACCCUCAUCGGCGCACUCAUCGCAGGACCAGUUGCCAAUAUUCGAAAACUUGGGAGAAAGUACUCGGUUUCUCUCUGGUGUACGAUCUUCAUCAUGGGCAAUUGCUUCCAGAUCGCUGCUCAGUACCCUUACUGGUAUGUGAUGAUGAUCGGUCGUAUUAUUUCCGGUUUCGCAAUUGGUGGGCUGUCGGUCGUAGUACCAGCAUAUCAAGGAGAAUCAGCGCCAACUCACGUCCGUGGAACGAUCGUCUCUUGCUAUCAGCUCUUCAUCACGAUUGGAAUUCUCAUCGCUCAGCUGGUCAACUUUGGCACGGAGCGUAUUCAAGGAGACGCUUCUUGGCGAAUUCCCGUUGGAUUGAGCUUCUUCUUCGCGCUAAUCCUCGGGUUUGGCAUUUUGUUCUUCCCCGAAACUCCGCGUCAUGAGUUUCGACAUGGUUUCGUGGACUCUGCAGCAGUCAGCAUCGCCAAAUUCCACGGAGUCAGCACUCGACAUAAGAUUGUCCGAAAGCAAAUGGUCGACAUGCGAGAGAAGCUCCGCGUUGAAGAGGAGGGUGGUGAUCACAGCUUCUUGGAGGUCUUCACUGGUCCUCGCAUGCUCUAUCGAGUAGUUCUCGGUAUGACCAUUCAGGCGCUGCAGCAAAUGACAGGAGCAAACUUCUUCCUGUACUACGGGGUCACCAUCUUCGCGGCUGUUGGUCUCGACAACUCAUUUGUUACGCAGAUCAUCUUUGGGACAGUCAAUGUGAUCUGUACUUUUCCAGGACUAUACAUGGUCGAGAAGUUUGGCCGGAGGAAGUGUCUUAUGAUCGGAGCGGCUUGGAUGUUCAUCUGCUACAUGAUCUUCGCCUCUCUAGGAUACUUCGCUUUGGAAACUGGCGAGUUCGAUGCGCAAGGCGAGCCUAUCAACAAUGCCGUAAUUGGUAACGUGAUGAUUGUCUUCAGCGCAUUGUUCUUUGCGGCUUUCGCGAGCACAUGGGGACCGAUGGCAUGGGCCGUUACCUCGGAGAUCUACCCAUCAAGAUACAGAAGUUCUUGCAUUGCGCUCUGCGCCGCCUCGAAUUGGGCUUUCAACUUCUUCCUUGGAUUCGCAACGCCCUUURUUGAAGCGGAGAUUGGCUUUGCUUACGGCUACGUCUUUGCCGGCUGCAAUUUGCUGGCCGUGUUUGUCGUUUACUUCUUCCUUCCGGAAACUUCAGGGAGAUCCCUCGAGGAGUGCGACACGAUGUUUUUACUUGAGAUCAAGCCCUGGCAGUCCAGCAAGUGGGUGGCGCCUCAAGGAGAAGAUCUAGUUUCGGCGGACAACCUGCGCCUUACGAACGGUGGUCGCGACAUUCAGAAGAUGGGCGAGUCCAGGAAUGAAGACUUGCAAUAUGAAAAUCUCACUGAGGGCAGAGCGAAUGGUGUCCAUCCGGCAGAAGCCAGUGGAGUCCGUGGUAAUUCACUAGCGUGA